AUGGAGCGCGACGACGACGACGACAUAGAUCUAGACAAUGCUCCACUCGUUGAAAAUCGAUCAUUGCCGAAGCCCCUGGAGGACACGACUGCCGUCCGGGAACCACGAAGAUGGGACUUCUUCGUACUGACGGUGCCGUUCUUUGGUCUUCAGCUUGCUUGGACUGUCCAGCAGGUCUAUGGAAUUCCUUAUUUAUCCUCUCUCGGGGUCCCCAACACUCAGAUGCCCAUCUUUGUGCUGUCUGGACCACUGGCAGGUCUCAUCGGGCCACCAAUUGUUGCAGCGCUCAGUGAGAAAUGCGACGGGCGAUGGGGAAAGAGAAGACCGUUCAUAUUCAGUGGCGGUGUGGGGACCAUUGCCUCCUUCCUCGUCCUAGGCGCCGCCGAGUCUCUGGCAUAUCAGCCUUCAGCCAUGCUGUGGGUCAGCUGCUUCUCGGCUCUGGGGUCGGUAUUUGUCGCUCUUGUCGGGUUGUGGUAUAGCCCAGCUUUCCGGGAUUUGAGUAUUGUGGUGACAUCCAUUAUGGCCUUACUGCUGGGCGUCGUGGCCUUGACAAACACCGCUAGGCUUGGACAUCAGCCGCAUGCUGGCCGAGAGAACGAUGGGACUUGUGUCAUGGUUCGCUUGGUUCUUGGUCCUAAAUUACACCAGCGCCAAAUAGGUACUGACUACUCUUUAGAUGGAGGGACUAAUAUUCCCAGUACUGACAUCGAAGCAUCGCCGAAAUUGCCAUCUGAAUCUGCAAGCGCGAUGUCCCGGGUAGCAUUGAUCUUCCACAUGGCCGCUCUAGCAACACUCGUGGUCGUGUCAACCAUCUGGCGACGAUCUGGACGCCGAAGUCGCUUCGCAAGAGCGCAGCCCCGCGCCGAGACUCACGGUGAUAGCAUGGUUCAUCGCCACAGUAUCAAACUAGCUCACACAAGAAACACACUCAUGGGACUAAUCUGGAAGCCAAGCCUGGCAUCUCUUGCGGCAUCACUGACCGCGGUCUGUCUGCUUGUCUCCGCGGCCAUCAGGCCAUUCUCGUCCACCAUCACAAGCACAGUGUCCUUACUGCUUGGCGGUAAUGGAAUACUGUUCGCAUUAUCGAACUGGGUUCCAUAUGCGCUGAUCGCGUGUGAGGCCUCGGCACAGGCUAGGUCACGGCUUCUUGCGAUGGCAGAGAGCGAUGUAUUCACAGAUGAGGACGAUAUACUAAUGUUGUCAGCAGAGGGCGGAGACGGUAAUCAUGAUAACUCAGAUUUGCACGACGAUGUUCCCUUGCUUUUGGCUGUUCAUAACAUGGCAAUCACUGUGCCACAAAUUGUGGCGUCGGUAGCGAGCUGGGUCUUGAUGCAAUUCCUGGCGCUAUUUGGGCUCGAAGAGGACGUUGUGUGGAUUUUUGCCCUAUGCAUCCCACCUGCGCUGUGGGCCGCUUUCCUGUAG